AUGUCGACGCUCGAGGAUCUCGAUGACCUGGAGCGCGAUGGAAAGAAGGAGGAGAACAACGACGGCGACAAGGAUGGCAAGAAGUCGGACCAGAAUGGCGAUGCUGAGAUGAACGACGCAGAUGCUGAGGAUAAGAAGAAGGAAGAAGAGGAAGAGCUCAUCGACAUGGAGGUCCUCAACUCAUCCACACGCGACAUCGUAGCUCGGCGGCGGUUAAUCGAGAACGACACACGCAUCAUGAAGAGCGAGUUCCAGCGGUUGACGCACGAGAAGCAGAGCAUGAUCGAGAAGAUCAAGGAUAAUGUGGACAAGAUUGAUAACAACAGACAACUACCAUACCUCGUCGGCAAUGUCGUCGAGAUAUUAGAUCUGGACGUUACCGCCGAAGCUGCUGAGGAGGGAGCUAAUAUCGAUCUCGAUGCGACGCGUGUGGGCAAAUCGGCCGUUAUCAAGACGUCCACCCGGCAGACCAUCUUCCUACCGCUGAUCGGUCUUGUCGACCAUGAGAAGCUGAAGCCUGGUGACCUUAUUGGUGUCAACAAGGAUUCAUAUCUCAUUCUCGACACUCUGCCAGCCGAGUAUGAUAGCCGAGUCAAGGCAAUGGAGGUUGACGAGAAGCCAACGGAGAAGUAUACGGAUGUCGGUGGUCUGGACAAGCAGAUUGAGGAGCUGGUCGAGGCGGUCGUGUGGCCGAUGAAGGAGGCCGAGCGAUUCAAGAAGAUUGGCAUCAAGGCACCCAAGGGCGCUCUGAUGUACGGUCCUCCAGGAACCGGAAAAACACUCCUUGCCCGAGCCUGCGCCGCACAAACCGAAGCUACCUUCCUCAAACUCGCCGGUCCUCAACUCGUACAGAUGUUCAUCGGUGACGGUGCCAAGCUCGUCCGUGACUGCUUCGCUCUGGCGAAAGAGAAAGCGCCUUCAAUCAUCUUCAUCGACGAGCUGGAUGCCGUUGGUACAAAGCGUUUCGACAGCGACAAGAGCGGAGACAGAGAAGUGCAGCGAACCAUGCUGGAGCUUCUCAACCAGCUUGACGGUUUUGCAUCAGACGAGCGAAUCAAGGUGCUUGCUGCUACGAACAGAGUCGAUGUGCUCGAUCCGGCUCUUCUGCGAUCAGGACGAUUGGACAGGAAGAUUGAGUUCCCUCUCCCCAAUGAGGAAGCAAGAGCACAGAUUCUACGAAUUCACAGCAGAAAGAUGACCGUGGACGAGGGUGUCAACUGGCCUGAGUUGGCGAGAAGUACUGAUGAGUUCGGUGGUGCGCAGCUAAAGGCUGUGUGUGUCGAGGCGGGUAUGAUUGCGCUGAGGAGUGGGCAGAGCAAGAUCAGUCACGAGCACUACGUGGACGCCAUUUCGGAGGUGCAGGCGAAGAAGAAGGACACUGUCAACUUCUAUGCAUAG